CUUCUCAAAUGCACAAACUGCAGUAGAGCCACACCCGACGGUGAAGCAAGGAGGAAGCGUCUGUACUGUGCUGUGAAGGUUAUUGAUCUGAUCGGACAGAUAUCAUUCGCCAUGGAGCUUCACCUGUUCGCCACGGCCUGCCUCCUGUUUGGCAGGAUAAUGAUAACACAUCAAACUCAAAGUCACAUGAGCUCGGUAUCCACAUUUCUGUUCACUCCACGUGGCCCUCAGAUGUUUCCGUGUCUAACGUACCUGGAGCGAAACGUCAGAGUGGACUGUGAGUUCCCACCCACCUACCAGAUCCCAGGCCCCUACUGUGAGUAUCGGCAGGACAGCCGUCUAGUGGGCAGCACCUACCCCAACGCUGUCAUCUAUGUGUCCACUGAGGACCGCAGGAGGAGCAACGUCAGCCUGGUCUCUCCUAAUCUGUGCCGCCUCACCUGGGCCCCGAUGGCUGAUGAGAAGCCUUACACCUACACCUGCAGGGUUUACCAAGGCACCACCUGGAAAGAGAAUAGCAUGGCCGUCCAUCACAGGAUUCUUCCAAUCUGCUCUGCAAUAAGCGUGAUGUUCAAAUCUGCGCCAUGGCUUUUGUCACUGGUGAUGUCACUUCCUGUGGCUGUGGGGCUUCUGAGUCCCUGAACUCUCUCUUUCACAGGACUCACUGGACUUUUUUUAAACAUGGUUUGUGACUAACUCUGGUUUAAUGGCUGGUGGCUGACUCAGCAUCAUAAUUAAUCAUAAUUUCAUAGGGCAUUAAAACCCCUCUGAACAAAUGACAGUGAAAAAAAUCAAGUCAACUCCAAGGCUGUUAGGACUGGAAGGAAAUCAUGAUAUUAACAUAAAAGACAGUGAAAACAAAUGCAACAGUGAACAGUGUUUAUUUUGUUGUUAUGAUCGCUAUCAUAAAAUAGCUGAUUCAAGACAUUUUUUGUCCGUUGUCAUGAUCAGGGUGCUGUCUGGAUACAAACAAUCAUUUAGUUUUUUAAAGAAAAACAAAUCCUUCUUAUAGAUUUAUAUUGCAUUUUAUUGCUGUUCUGAACACAAAUGUGUUUGCUUACAGUAUUGGAGUUCAUCACAACACAUAGAUCUGGUGCUCUUGCAACAUACAGCUGUAUGUAAAAUGUGGAGAGUCCUUUGAUUUGAUUCAUUGUGCUACAGAUCUAUUAAAGAGUAAAACUGUUGCAGCUUCCUGUCACUUCACCCCCUUAUUUUAAUUUGGAUUAUAUUACAGUCUCACCAGUUUGUUAAACUACACUGUAACCUAGACAAGUAUUCUGAAUAUUAUGACUUUUGAAUAAUAGUAACGACUAAUUGCUCAGUCACUGCCUUUGCUGCUUGCUAAUCUCAGAUACCAUCAGUACUGUAACCUUUAAAUGGAUAUUAAGGAGUUAUCUGCAUACUGGAGCCCCAUGUGUGUUUCAUCUGGUUGUGGCAAAAAGAGGUCAAAUAACAAACCUCUGCCACUUAAUUCUGCACUUCUAUAUAUCAAUAUCAGUGUGCCCGCACGCCCACCCAGCCCCGCAGCAAUAAGAGACAAAUUCAUGAGAUGAUUAGGAUGAUUAUUCGUUACUUCAAGACUUGCACCAUGUUUCACUCAGUGCCCUGCAGCCUAAAAAGACAUAUAAAUGUGUGACUGACUGACAUAGAACAUUUCUUUUUUUUUGUCUCUCUCUUUUCUGCAAAGAUCUGGUUAUUGGAUGGGAAAUUACAUUUCCAGUGGAGUCAGUACAAGUGAAAAAAAAAAAUAGAUAUCUUACAUGUAAUUUUCGCCGUGUUAAGUCAUGAGUGAGGGAAAAAGACAGAUUAAACUAGCAAAAAGUAAUGAACUUUGAAUUAGAACAAUAAUAUUAACCAAUUGGGACAAACAGAGAGAGAGAGAGAGAGAGAGAGAGAGGAAAAAAAAAUCCACGACCCAGCCAAUGAUUUAGCCUAUUUCUUAAGUAAUAACUGAUGGACAGACAUAGCAAAGAAUGAAUAUGGCGAGAAUAAGACUUGGAGGAAAUUAAAUGUUUUGCACAGCAAAUAUUGAAAUGCACUCUAAUAACCCUGGAGUGUUUAAAUUAGCCAUUGCUCCUGUACUAGUAUGCAUGAGAUAAUGUACACAGUACAUGUGUAGUAUGAAAGAAUAUUGCAGCUCUAUGUGUUUUUUUUUAAAGCUGUUUUCAUUUUAAUAUUUUAUGUUCACAUGAAAUUGUACAUGCUUUCCACACUGUCUAAACACACACACGUUAAGGGCAUUUGUGGGCUCUUUUUAUGGUGCUUACGUCAUUCUACCUUGCUAUUGUUGUUUUUUAUACUUUGAUGUCACAUUUUUAACAUGAAUUAUGUCCACGGUGCACUUCAGUUUUAUGUUGCCACCGUCAUCAGAAGCUACGCUGCUUAGUAUUAUUUGCAAAGAAGCACUUGUUAUCAAGAUAUCUUUAUAUUUUUCAAAUAGACAAGUCAAGUGUUCUAUCACCAAAGGUGUGCUAAAUGCUAUAGCAAAA